AGCAGCCGCGAAGCUUCCACUCCGGUUUGCGCCGGCGUCUCCCGCUUCGUAGCCUGCAGCUCCGUUAGCCGCGCUCGGAAUCGGACUGCCAGCGAGUUAUGGCAACGAAGGCCGUAUGCGUGCUGAAAGGCGACGGCCCGGUUCAGGGCACCAUCCACUUCGAGCAGAAGGCAAAUAAAGUUGUGGUAUCGGGACGCAUUACAGGAUUGACUGAAGGCCAGCACGGAUUCCACGUCCAUCAGUUUGGAGAUAACACACAAGGCUGUACAAGUGCAGGUCCUCACUUUAAUCCUCAAUCCAAAAAACAUGGUGGGCCAUCAGAUGAAGAAAGGCACGUCGGAGACCUGGGCAAUGUGAUUGCUGACAAAGAUGGUGUGGCCAAUGUGUCCAUUGAAGAUUCUCUGAUCUCACUUUCAGGAGAGCAUUCCAUCAUUGGCCGCACAAUGGUGGUCCAUGAAAAACCAGAUGACUUGGGCAAAGGUGGAAAUGAAGAAAGUACAAAGACAGGAAAUGCUGGAAGUCGUCUGGCUUGUGGUGUAAUUGGGAUCUCGCAGUAAACAUUCCCUUCCAUGUUGUCUGAGUCCCAGUAACUCAUCUGUUAUCCUGCUAGCUGUAGAAAUUUAACUUGAUAAACAUUAAACAUUGUAAUCUUAAAAGUGUAA